GGCAACUGUCAUUCUCAUUCUAUGUCAUUUGAUCGUGUUGUUAUUGUCGUGCGUAAAUAGAGAAUCCUGUGUUUUUGUGUUUAUUUGUAUAUCGAGUUUUAACAAGUAACCAUGUCAGAAGACAGUAAAGAGGUUGAGCUCCCUCCUCAUCAUGAGCAACAGAGUCUGUGUGCAACUCGCUUGCCUUACCGGCAAGGAAGAAAGUUAACAGCUGUAAAGGCCUAUUCAAUCAAUAACGAAUCGAAGCAUCUACUAGUAUUUGGUGUCCCUGCCCUCAAUCUACGGCAAGAAACUAAAGCUCUCUUUGCAAGAUUCGGUAAAGUACAAUUAAACAUAACGAAGUACCCAGCAGAGCAGUUUACGGAGACUUACCAUGCUAACUUUGAAGAUAUCCAGUCCGCACGGCUUGCGAAGAAGAUGUUAGACACUAAGAACUACUACGGUGGCCAUUUACACAUAAGUUAUGCUCCUGAAUUGGAAACGUUAGAUGAGACGAGACAAAAAUUGUUACUACGUAGACAAAAUGUUGUAGGAAGGCUGAAAAAUUUGGAAAAGUCCACCGAUACUGUGGUACCGGAGGCUAAACUUCAACCUGAAGUUACCGUAGAAGAAAAAGAAGAUUCAAUUAAUAAGAAGAAAGUAUAUAUGGGAGCUAUUAAUGUAAUAGGAGAUAAGCAGAGUAGUAAUAAGAGGAAAAUAACUGAUUAUAAAAUGGUGAAACAUUGUAAGCUUAAAAAAUCUAAGAUAUUUGACAAGAAAUUGGUCUCGGUUACUGCGGGCAGUGUUGUUUCAAAUACAGAGUCUGUUAAAUCAACAACAGUGGUUGAGGAGACGGUGAAAGUGAAUGAUGGACCGUGUGAGGUAGUGGACUGCACUUCGGUGGAGACUGAUGUGAUCACUAAUAUUAAUGAACAUUUGAAUUAUAAUAAUUUUGGUAAAGAAGUUAUUAGAAAAGUACCGCCUAAACCUGUAAAUAAAAUCAGAUUUAUGUUGAAUAAAAAAAGUUUAUUAUGAUAUUUUUGUGUGUUUUCUUUUAUACAGCCUUUUUUUUAUCACGUAUUUGUUUUGACGGUUAAUAAAACAUUUUCUUUUGGGCCGAUGCGACGUUUGGCAGUGAUGAUGCGGCCUACGAUGGAGCACGUCUGCCCAUAAGCAACCUAUUCACUCGGGCUUUGAAGACACCCAGGUUAUACCCAUCAGGAAACACAGACUCCGGCAAGGAGUUCCACUCCCUAGCAGUUCGCACAAGGAAGCUUGAA